GCCAGCAGCCAUCCCGUCACGUCUUCUCCCAGGAAAAAAUACUCGUCUUUCGUUCCGGCUUUCCCCUCUUCGUCUCUUCCACCGGAACGUCCUCCUCCUCCUCCUCACUCCAUCUUCAUCUCCAUCCGUUGACGCGGCGGUCCUGCCGUCCAGGCUCGUCGGUCCGUUCCUCGGCUUCGCCGGCUGCAUUGAGCAGCCGGCUGUGAGUCGUUACUUCCGUUCUUUCUUUCUCGGGACGUGCUGGCUCGGAUCCCGAAGUCGCCGCCGCCGUCUCUUUAGCAGCAGGUACGCCGGCCGACCGGGGGGAGGGGAGGGCAUGGACCGUGGGGAGCUAGGCGAGCUCCUGAACUCGGAGGGAGAAGGCGCGGAAGAAGCGCCCGCGGGGCGAGCGGGCUUCGUGAGAGCCGCCGCCGCCGCCCCAUGGACGAAGCAGGUCACGGCCAGGGGAAUCGUGGCCGGCUCGGCGGUGGGGAUCGUCUACGGGGUGAUCGUGAUGAAGCUCAACCUCACCACCGGGCUCGUGCCGAACCUGAACGUCUCGGCCGCGGUCUCGGCCUUCGUGUUCGUGAAGGCGUUGACCAAGGUGCUCCGCAAGGCCGGCGUGAUGUCGACCCCAUUUACCCGGGAGGAGAACACCGUGAUUCAGACGUGCGCCGUCGCGUGUUACAGCAUCGCCGUCGGAGGCGGCUUCGGGUCUUACCUGUUGGCCUUGAACAGGAAGACUUACGAGCAAGCUGGGGAUGCGCCUGGCAAUACUCCUGAGAGCACAAGGGAACCCGGAAUCGGCUGGAUGACCGGCUUCCUCUUUGUCAGCAGCUUUGUCGGGCUUCUGGCACUUGUUCCUCUCAGAAAGAUCAUGAUAGUAGAGUACAAACUGACAUAUCCAAGCGGAACUGCUACGGCUGCGCUUAUUAAUGGGUUCCAUACUCCUACAGGAGACGGCAUAGCCAAGAAACAGGUUCGGCUUUUUACGAAGUUCUUCUCAAUCAGUUUCCUGUGGGCUUUCUUCCAGUGGUUAUAUUCAGGGGGCGAGCAAUGUGGAUUCUUGCAGUUCCCGAUUUUCGGAUUCAGCGCCUGGAAAAACUCAUUUUACUUCGAUUUCAGCAUGAGCUACAUUGGAGCCGGAAUGAUCUGUUCCCAUCUCGUGAACUUGUCUCUGCUGCUCGGUGCUCUGCUCUCCUGGGGAAUCAUGUGGCCUCUGAUCGGUGGCCGUGAAGGGGACUGGUUUCCCAGUAUGCCACCUGAAAGCAGCAUGAAGAGUCUCAAUGGUUACAAGGUUUUCAUUUCGAUAGCUCUCAUUCUGGGCGAUGGAAUCUACAAUUUCCUAAAAGUACUGUAUUUGACUACAAAGAGCAUCUGUGCUAGGAUGAACAAGAAGAAACGUAAGACAUUUCUUGAGGAUGAGAAUCAAUCUCUUGAUGAUCUUCGGCGGAACCAAGUAUUUGCGAGGGAGAGCAUUCCCGUUGGGAUGGCCUGUGCAGGGUAUGCUUUCACCUCCAUCAUCUCCGUCGCCGUGAUCCCCAUCAUGUUCCCCGAACUAAAAUGGUAUUAUGUAGUGGCUGCUUACGUGCUUGCACCCGCGCUUGGCUUCUGCAAUGCCUACGGGGUGGGACUCACGGAUAUGAACAUGGCCUAUAAUUAUGGGAAAGUAGCGCUCUUUGUGCUAGCCGCUUCUGUUGGAAAAGAUUCCGGCGUUGUCGCCGGACUCAUUGGGUGUGGUCUAAUUAAAUCAAUAGUUUCCAUCUCUUCUGAUCUGAUGCAAGACUUCAAGACUGGUCAUUUGACGCUGACCUCUCCUCGAGCGAUGCUUCUUAGCCAGGCCAUUGGGACGGCCUUAGGUUGCUUGGUAGCCCCUCUAAUAUUUUUCCUCUUCUACGACACAUUUGACGUGGGAAAUCCGGAGGGCGAGUAUAAGGCUCCGUACGCUAUUGUUUACCGCAAUAUGGCCCUUCUAGGAACGGAGGGAUUCUCUGCCCUCCCUCAGCAUUGUUUGCAGCUCUGCUAUGGCUUUUUUGUCUUUGCCGUGGUGGCAAACUUAGCGAGAGACCUCUCGCCUAAACACAUAGGGAACUGGGUUCCGCUUCCAAUGGCUAUGGCCGUCCCUUUCCUAGUCGGUGCCUACUUCGCGAUAGAUAUGUGUGUGGGGAGCUUCAUCGUUUUUGCAUAUAAAAAAGCCAACGGUGAAGAGGCGGGCUUGAUGGUUCCUGCCGUUGCUUCUGGGCUGAUUUGCGGAGACGGUUUGUGGAUCCUUCCAUCCUCGAUCCUUGCUCUCGCUAAAGUUCAUCCGCCGUUCUGUUUGAGAUUCUCUCCAACUACGCAGUUCUUUUAGAAAUUAACUGCUUUUGGAGGCGAAACAAACUGAUAUGCUCAUCAGAUGAAGGAACUAUGCACAACCCAGCAUCCAAUAUGAGUUAAGAAGCUGGCCAAGGAGUUUCAGUUGCAGCAAACAAACAGAAGAUUGAUCAUGAAAUUAUACAGAUGAAUUAUACACAACCAGCAUCUAAUAUGAAUACAGAAGCUGAUCGAGAAAUUCUAGUCGCAGCAAACUCACAGAAGAUCGAUUAUGGAAAUGCUUACAGGGUUCAUAUAUUCAUCAGGUUAAAGUGAUUUUUGUAAAUAUAUCACAGGUCCUUUUCUCUGCUGAUCUAAAUAUGCAUGGGAAUGCCUUGAAUGGAAGGAUUGAAGUGCUGUUGAAGAGGUGGAUUGAAACUUAAAGGAUGUCAGGUUCUCUCUCCUUAUCAAAAAGGCUUAGAAAGGAAGAUCUCACCUGUGAAUUGAGCCCAAAUUAAGUCUACGUAAAGUUUAACAGGAUUGAAUCAAACACGACAAUCUCGCAAGCUUGCAUUGAAUUGGGCUGCAUCUGCUUCCUUUCCUAAAAGCUCUGCAUGGGCCUAACCAUGAUACUUGAUAGACUGAUGAAGUUGAAGAAUGUAAGCUGUAAGUUUGAGAAGAACUCGUGAAUGAGCUCCAUCUUGAGAAACUACAGUGAGAUGAAAUGAAUGACCUUGUUGUUCAGUAACGGGUCCCAUAUCGACA